GGCUGCCCCUCGCUUCCGGACAGAGCUCCGCGGGGCCGCCCGGGUGCGCGGGCGCCAGGCCGGGCCGCUCCGCGGGGAAGUCCUCCCUGGAAAGCGGGAAUAUUGCACCAAAUACACGGUCCUCCGCGCUGGCUGCCGUGGGAGCGUGGAUGCUGUGAGUUUUACCGGAGCGUGUCAGUCAGGAAAAGCACCAGAAUGAAAGAAGUGGACAAUAUAAAAACUGUGAAGGAUGAAUGGAUGUGUAAAUCUGGAACUGAUGAUCAGAUUCUGAAUGGUACAGAACAAAACUGUGACUAUUUUGUAGAUAACCUUUUUGAAGAAGCUCAGAAGGUUGGUGCUAUAUGUAUGCCUCCAGCUACAGUUGAGAAUCAGGUUGAUAUAAUUAUUAAACUUUGGAAAAACGGAUUUACAGUAAAUGACGGUGAACUCAGGAGCUACACUGAAGUUGCAAACCAGCAGUUCUUGGACUCUGUUAAAAAAGGGGAACUGCCUUUUGAGCUACAAAAAAUAUUUGAUAAGGAGGAGGUAGAUGUGAAAGUGGAAGAUAAGAAAGAUGAGGUGUAUUUAUCAUCAAAAAAGCCAAUGUUUCAUCCCUUUUCUGGACAUGGUUACAGAUUAGGAAGUGCAACUCCAAGGAUAAUUUCUAAAGUCAGAGAUGAUCAUCAAGAAGCUGACAACAAAAGACCUCUUCCUUUAGUACCCUUAAAUGAUUUGGAGCCUAUCACUAGCAUCCAGAUCUGGUUAGCUGAUGGGAAAAGGAUUGUUCAGAAAUUCAAUGUUUCUCACAGAAUAAGCCAUGUCAGAGACUUCAUAGCAAAAUGUCAAGGAUCAGAGGGAAGGGUUCCCUUUACACUGACUACUUCUCUGCCCUUUCAAGAGCUGCGGGAUGAGACACUCACACUAGAGGAAGCAAAGCUGCAAAAUGCUGUUGUUGUUCAGAGACUUCGGAAAACGACUGAGCCUUUCAGACACUCGUAGUAGAAAAGCACCUGAGAGUGACUGUAAAACUGCUGCUACAUCUAAAGGAUAUCUCAAGAAUGUGCAAAACAACGCAGUCAAAAGCUUGAGGACAAAUUAGAUUUUAACUGGCCAAAAGCUAUACAGACAGAACUAGACAAAACCAAAAAUGUAACCAGCAAUAUCUGGAUGCACUAUGAUCCUCACAUAGCUGCACUCUUAGCAAAAAGUGUGCUAUGCUUUAAUCUGCUAUAAUAGAAGUAUUUUCUACUCAUUUCUGUGGUCAGAGACUGGCUAUAAUGUAGCAGAGGUAACUGAAUAACAGGGUCCUCCUCUGAAUUUCCAUAGGUAGAAAGCUUUGCUAGCCUAUUCUUUAAGGGGUGUCUAGGUGAAACGGUACUACUGUAAGACUUUACUACUAAUAAUAGCACCUUGUAAGGAAAACUAUUUAUUUUUGCACUUUGGACUGAAAUGAAACUUAAACUGGCUGUUUUUACUUAUUUUUCAGUGUAAGCUGCUUCAGUUUGCAUUCUUACAGUAUUGUUUAGGCAACAGAUGCUGCAGGGAAGCUCACUUUUGAACUCUUAAGUAAAUUGAAAAUGUUCUUCAAUAUCCGUAUCUUUAAGAUUUAACUUGUGCAAUGUGAAUGUUCCAUCAAGUUUUCACAUGGUAGGUGCAUGUGUGAGAAGACAGAAAUGAGAUAGUCUGGUGCAUGCUGCAUAUAAAGUGCCUCAAAGUAAGGCACUGUUAUUGCUAAUGGUUGAAGUGGUUUCUGCCUCUCUCACAUUCUGCCACAGGUGUCUUACAGGGUGAUGUUAAACUACCUAAUUCACUAGAAAGAAUAGAGAUCUACUGUUAACCUUUUCUCACAUAAACUUCAGUUUUUCUGGGGUUUAAAGGAGUAGUGGCUUAGAGGAAUACACUUGUUUCUGUAUUAUAUAUCCAUUUCUAUCUUGAACCAACCAGCUGUGGGGGGCAUGUGCUUGUGUUUCGGAGAUGUUUAAAAUCCUUUUUAGAAAGUCAAGGUUUCUCCCUCCAUAUCACCCCUUCUCUUCAUCCAAGUCUUAUUUCACCAUUCAUGGUUUUUGGGGUGUAGGAUUUGGAGCCAACCACUCUAUAUUUUGCUGGAGGAGAAAUCAACAUAAGGACUAAAUAUCCUAAGUAUUGUACUUGCUAUACAGUUGGCAAGAAAAGCUAAGUAGCACAUGGGUUUGUGAAUGGAACUGGAGUUUCUGGAUAGGACUAUCUGGGGGCUUCAAUGAACGGUAACUAUGCUACCUACACAAACGGAUAAUUGUCAGAGUUGUCAUACUUCUCUGUAUGUCUAACUGAAGGAUGUUUUGGGGGCUUCUUGGUUUAGUUUUAAAUAGAAGGUGACUUACUGGAGUGUCUUGAAUUCUUUCUAAAAGUCCUGUUGUUUCAAAUGAGACAUGCACUUAUUUCAUUCAUAGGGUUGUAAAACUGUAUUUUGCUUCAGCAUCUCUCCUAGUCCAUAUUAGGGCAAUUAAUGAGAGUCAACUGCACAAAUAUCUAUUCAGUGUAUUCAAAAAGCAAAUCUCUGAAAAGUUUGCAGUUCUUAACAGGUAUAUUUUAUAGCAGUGAAAACAGUUGCUGUGUCAUUCAGCUCUAUGUAGCAAAUAACAUGACUAAAUUUUGCUUGCUCUUA